AUGUCCGAGUCGAGAGCUUUGGGCUCGAAGCCACCUUCCCCACCUUUGCCCUCGCGCAUCGCUGUGCAGGAUACGUCGACAGACGAAGAACCGCUGCCGAGUCCUGAGCUGGACGAUAUGGAUUUGCCACGAGCUUAUACGUCUGCGCGCGAACCUGUCAACCUCGGAGAUUCUCAAACACAGCCACAGGGAACUCGGAGAGCCACCUUUGGCCACCGCCGUAAGCACAGUCCCAACCUCGAAUGGCGCCAACCGUGGACCAAGGAUAGCUGGCAGCAAGGCCGCGUACUGCUCAUAGAUUACGUUGCCAAAGAACAUUCAGACGGCAGAAGGAAAAUCGUAGCUCAGGAAUUCUGCGACAUUGAUAGCCUACGCCGCUUCUACCGUAAAGAGGAUCUUGCCGGCCAGGCAGCUCUACGCGUCAUCCACGUGCAAAAUGCCAGUUGGGCGACGCGUUUCCUUCUCCGGAAGUUUAACAUCGACGCCAAUGAUGAUCUGAUAGGCACAAAUUUUGGACGCUGGGCGCGUUACGAGAAGCCACAGCAGCGUGGUGGUAAACCUGUGCUCAAUGGCCGCACUUUUCGCACCUCACGUGACCCAUGGCGAGGCAUAUCACGUGCUGCGUUUGGCGCUGAUUAUCUGAAGCCGUACGACAGGUAUAUACGCUUGCCUUUCCCCGGCAGCAACAAGUCUAUUAUGGAACUCAAUCACUACGAUGAGGAGGACCAGCCAAGAUACGGCUUCGACGUUUAUGUGCAACGGCUGAGUGUCUAUGUCCAAUUGAGUGACGGCACGCCUGGGCAGGCUGUCGACCCUGACAUACCGAAUCCAUAUGAUGAAGAGGCAUGGGACGAGUACAUGCGGCUGAAGAAAAGCUAUGGUAACGUUGAUGCUAACGAACACCCGGAUAAGUACAUUCCCAAACUCAGAUCCCUGGACAAUGGGAAUACGAUUAUCCUGUUUGAGAACUCGAUCACUGGCUCCGUCAAAGAUACUCUUGUUGGUGCAAGGCAAGAGAUAGAAUCGAGAUGGAGACGUUUGUCUUUUUAUCUGCCUACAGAUAAUGAGGAGAAUUUGACGGCCGAGUGUAUGGAUUUCAUACUGCAGGACAUCUUCAAAGCGCUGUCGUAUAAUUGGCAAAAGUUUAUGGGGUUGUGUGAAACCCAUGUAGGGAUUCUGGAAGACAAGAUUUACGAGAAUCCUGCGGAUGAGUCGCGAGCCCCUGAGCUCUGGAAAAACAGUGCGCAGUGGCUCAAAGUCGAGCGUCUGAUAUACAUCCACCUUGACAUCGUCAAGGAAAUGGUCAGUCAUUUGCAUGACCUCUCUGGCACCAACCCCAAAGAAUUACUUGGCCAGGCCUGGCUAGGCUCCAUGCCAGAGGAGAUUGAAAAGUUGACUGGGCGAUGGGAAAGAGACAUCAUACUACCGACAUCGUCUUUGUCGGAUCUAAUGUAUAAGAGCGUCGGAAUCAGAGAUGCUCGGCACUCUCUCCAACUAGGGCUCAGCAUGUGGCGCCUGAGCUGGAUCACAUUCAUAUUCCUCCCCCUCACCUUUACAGUUGGCUUUUUCGGUAUGAACGUCUCAACCUUUGAGUCCAUGCCCGACAUAAAAUGGUGGUUCAUCGUCUCCUUCCCCGUCCUCCUCACCGUCCUCAUCCUCUGGUACGGCGUCAAGCACAGCCUCGCCAGCCAGCGCCAAAACCCCAUUCGCCGCGGUGUCUACGAAGCCCUCUACCACGAACUCGCCACUGACCACUCAACCCUCUGGACCCGCCGCGGCCCACGCGACGAUGUCGUGCCCGUGGGCUGGUGGGGCAGCGUAAAAUGGCGCCUCAUCACCCGCUGGUUCGGCAAAGACAAGACAAAGCUAGGCAAAGACUACGAUCCCGCCAGCGAGGAAUUUGGGGCCUGGUCCAGAACGAAGCGUUGGCUUACGCGGCGUUGGCUCGAUGAACUAUCCGUUAUGCCUCUCCCGCAGCAUCCGCCACUCACCAACGCUCCUCAUACCGCUCAACCCAACGUCCCACCGUCUUCGGACACAAUGUCUUCCUACCCGCUUGACAAGGACUUGGGAGCUAUAGGCGAGCUGCUCAGCAUAGCCACGCCCGUUGCGCUGGCGGAACUGGAUCCCACGGCUGCAAGUCGCCUACAGGGUAGAAUCCCCAUUGAGCGACUGCGCAGCUUGAGCCCGCCGGCUGUUUUAGGAAGUAGAUCGAAGAGUAGGGAGAGUGCGGCGAGCAGUGAUGGCGGGGUUAUGGUGGAGGAAAAGAGCGAGCAGGCGGUUAGGGCGGGUGCAAGUUAG